UUGAUUUUUUGGCAAAGUGAUAAAAGUGAUAAAAAAUCGAAUAUUUUUAUUUGUUUUGAGGCGAGAAGAUGGGUAUAUUGUGAAUUUUUUUAUUCGGGAGUCGAUCAACAACUUUUUCUUGGUGAUAGUGAUUUUAUUACACUUGUACAUGAUGCAUUUCCUAAUUUACGUUGCAAAAAGUUACGUCGACCAGAAUGGCGAGUUAUUAGAAAAUGCAUCGGUAAACCUCGUCGUUUUUCUCAAGCAUUUUUGGAUGAAGAACGCAUAGCUCUUCAAACUAAGCGGUAUUUUUUACCACUUUUGCAAAUUAAAAGAAUUGAGAUUUGUUCUAUAGUAGAUUUGCCUGAUGGCAUAUAUGCGGGCACAAUUGAUGCUGUCCUUCCUGAUUCUUAUAGAGUAGUUUUCGAUAAAGAAGAAAUGAUCCCGCCUAUGAUAGUUAAAGAUUAUGAAGUGAUGUCUGAACAAAAGGUGGAACUGCUUCCUUUGAAUUACUUCUUGGAACAAAAUAGAGCAGCCGUUCCAACUGCCUAUAUGAAAUAUGGCACCACUACGCCUCAUUUUUUAAACGAUGUUUUCAAGUUAAAAGUGAUUUAUUUAGUUCGUGAUGAAAAAGUUGGAAAUUUCCCAGUGCGUAUGUUAGUUGUGCUGGUUAAAUUAUCAAAGCUAAUUGAUGCGAAGAAAAAAUUGGUGAGGCAAAUUACUGAUUUAAAUACCGAAGCAGAAAAAAUGAAUCUCUUUUCUGAUUGUUAUCCUCUCGCAUUUCAGGAAAAAUAUGCCAUAGUUUGUAUGGAUUUGGAAGCAUUAAAUAAGCAGAUGCACUCUUAUUUGCAAGUAUCUUUAAUAUCACGACCCGAAGCCCUUCGUAAAUUGUGCCAUACUCAUGCUGUACAAAUUGUCAAACAUUGCAACAACGGAUUAAAUGUGCAGAACAAACGCUGCAUUAGUCUUAUAACAUCUUUGGCUGGACUUCUUUUACAGAUUCGCGCUCUUUGCCAGCAAAAAUGUACUCCACUCGACCUUCAAACUUUAUCGGAAUCACUUUGUAAUAUUCGUAAGCAUAUUUAUCCAUCAAAUAGAGCGGCUUUCCAGGAUUACGUAGAAAUUCAUUUGAAAGAAGUAAAUUUUAUAAUGCUUAAUGGUGGUAAAAACAAUGCGCCACGCCACUGA